AUGGCCACGGUCUUGAUUCUUGCAAGCAUAUUCGGUUUGUCACUGGCUUCCAAUCGAAGCCUAAGCUCCGCGGCAUACCCAGUGGAGGUGCGAGGCAACUUGCUCUACGAUGCUGGGGGGAACCGUUUUUUUGCCAAAGGUGUGGCCUACAAUCCUCGCAACGGCAACUACGGACAGGUCUUGGGAAAAAAGAACCCACAAUGUAUCCCAGGCACACCGAAGUUUGCACCCCUCCAAUACUAUCAAGAUCCUGCCUCAGAUGACAUGGAGGACCAGUUCAAGACUUACUUGCCUUUGAUUGCUGAGCUGGGGUCCAACGUGGUACGCCUUUACAACAUCGACCCGGAGAAGUCCCAUGACAAGCAAGUCCUCAGUGCUACUAUGAAGAUCUGCCAGACUAUGGGCACGUGGGAUUGA